AUGUUGCUGUGUUACUGCUCCAUGUUGCUGUGUUACUGCUCCAUGUUGCUGUGUUACUGCUCCAUGUUGCUGUGUUACUGCUCCAUGUUGCUGUGUUACUGCUCCAUGUUGCUGUGUUACUGCUCCAUGUUGCUGUGUUACUGCUCCAUGUUGCUGUGUUACUGCUCCAUGUUGCUGUGUUACUGCUCCAUGUUGCUCUGUUACUGCUCUAUGUUGCUGUGUUACUGCUCUAUGUUGCUGUGUUAUUGCUUCAUGUUGCCGUGUUACUGCUCCAGGUUGCUGUGUUACUGCUCCAUGUUGCUGUGUUACUGCUCCAUGUUGCUGUGUUACUGCUCCAUGUUGCUGUGUUACUGCUCCAUGUUGCUGUGUUACUGCUCCAUGUUGCUGUGUUACUGCUCCAUGUUGCUGUGUUACUGCUCCAUGUUGCUAUGUUACUGCUCUAUAUUGUUGUGUUACUGCUCCAUUAGCAGGACUGACUAUAUUAACUUUCCCGUUUGGGUUCCUGGGCCCAGAUUGUUGGGGACGCACUUUAAACAACAUCAUGGCACAUGA